GGUGGUGGAGAGGGAUGGACGGUGAGGGUGCAGGCUGGGUGACCCCCCAACCUAUGACUCACGUGCGGGGGCGGAGACUCCAUAUCGGAUUCACCACCGGAGGACCGUCCCGUGUUCACUCCUCGGACCGCUCUGCACGCAAAGAAAGUUAACCUUCACCUCGAUAACCGCUUGAAUAUCGUUUUCCUCUUGUUCACGUCUCGUUUACAAUGUGAAGAAAAUGGCCGGGACAAGCUCUGACUGGGUGGAGAUCGUGGAGCCACGCUCCCGUGAGCAUAUGUAUGUGAACUUGACCACUGGCGAGUGCGGCUGGGAUCCCCCUCCAGGCGUUCCUGUCCGUCAGGCAGACGGAAACCAGUGGUGGGAGCUGUUUGACCACCAGAGUGGCCGCUUCUACUACUACAACUCUACUGGGCGCCGCACAGUCUGGCAUCGACCCCAGGGAGCCGAUAUCGUCCCGCUCUCCCAGCUCCAGGCCAUGAGGCGAUGCACUGAGGCCAAACGGGCAGGAGGGGGCAUAGAGCGGCAGCACCAUGGGACCACGGGGAGUAUCAGCAGCGCAGGGAGCCAAGGGCGCUGCACUCCUCUGCCCGAGCACGACGGAGACAGCCCCGUUCCCAGAGCUCUGGAGACCAGUGAAGAGGCUGCAAACCCCGAGCUGGACCCAGCAGUGGACAGCAGAUUGCAGGGAGACGGAAGCAGCACAGAGCACAGUGUAGAUGGCAGUAAAGACCCCCAGAGGGAUGCUUCUCAAAGAUGGCAGCCUGCUCCUGGAUCCAAGGCAGCCAUGUUGGUGAAGGUGAACAGCAUGAGCCGUAGCCAGCCCAGCCCAGCCUUGCAGCAGCACCUCCAGCACAGUGCACACAAAGCCAGCACCUUCACCCUGCACCCCACUAGCAACAAAGCCCAAGGAGGACAUUUAAGUUCUACCCAGGCGUAUAAAACUGCCCCUUCUGGUAAAAUGGCGACUGACACACGUCAAGCCCAUCACUUGAGAAAAGCCAGCAAUGGCAGCUUCUGUUUGGUGACACCAGACAGUAGCCACCCCAGUCCUCUCCUUCACAGGUCACAGACCAGCACACCACGCCCCAUUUCUCCCCAGUAUGGUUGUACUGCCCCAAUCUAUGACGAGCCAGUUUCAGACUGUCCCAUAUAUGAUGAGCCCCCGAUAGACAUGGAGGUAGAGGGGGCGCACUUGUGCAAUGGACAACAGCUGUCUCGCCUGACACCUACCCAUAGCCUUCAAAAGCCCAGACAUCUCCAGCACCCUGGCCCGUCUCAUCCAGGGUCCAGACACAGGAGGAAUCCUUCUUCCUCUGACUACAGCCCAGCUGGUCUGGAGUGCAUCAAGCACAUGGUCAAUGUGGACCCCAAACAGGGGCAACUGUCCAGCUCUCCUGUACCGACACGUACCCCCUCCCCUACCUCCAGACAGGAUCCUGUCUUGACCCAGCCUCAGACACAUCUGCAGCCCCAGGUCCACUCUUUACCACAGACUCGGGGUCAGUUGAGGGACAGGGAGCCAGGGACCCCAGGCCCAAGUACACUGGACAAGAAGCAAAGCUGGCGGGUCCUUGAGGCCACUGUCCAGCGUGCCAUGGAGGCACGACAUAGCAGGCAGAGCAGCCAGGCCUCACAGGACUUCCCCUCGUCAACACCCCAGGCCACAGCAAACUAUCAAGACUCUGGUUACUCCACUGGGCCCUCGCCAAGCCUGAAAAGAAAGAGCAGGAGGAGGGUGGGAGCCGGUGGCGCUGCAGGAGGCAGGCCAGGGUCGGUAGGCAGCAGUGGGGAGCUGUCUGCCCUCAAUGAGAGGCUGAUGGCUGAGAUGAGGGAGGUGGUGAGCCGUUCAAACACUAUGAGGGAGGUGAGAGCUGGGCUGGACCCGGAGAUGGGGGAGAGGGUAGUCAUAGCUCGGACGCGCUCCCCUGCAGACUCACUCAGGUGGUAUGGAGGAGGGGGGCAAGCAGGCAGGUGCGCAUCACGAGAGGACCUCACCCCCCGGUCAUUGAGUAGGGCAGGCAACCAGGGCAACCCUGCACUCACCUCUCUGGAGAUACCAGGGAGGCAGAAAAGGACCUAUGAGAAGGUGGACACCUUGGAGAUGAGUGUGAACAGCCAGGCCAGCCUAUCUUCACCAGAAACACCAGGACCGCCCUCCCAGGUGGGCACCCUAGAGCUGCAGGCUCAGUUGGAGAACAGGAAGAAAGGCAUGGUGGAUGGGCGGACAGCUUCACUGGGCCCUCACCACCCUCCCAACCAUGACAACAGAGAGGGAGGUGAUAGUGCAGUAGAACGAGCACGAGGAUCCUCCUAUCAGCUCUCCUAUGCCACGCUGCGGCAGCCGCCACCUCCUGCCAUGGGCAUGGAGGACUGGGCCAGCAAGCACCUCAACAUGCACACACAAGGCCUGUUCCGCCGUCGCGUCUCCAUUGCAAACAUGCUGUCGUGGAACCGCGGAUCCAUCAAAAAGCCCAUGCUUGUCACCAGCAACCGUGCAGUCAGGAAGGAGGCCUGUGAGAUGUUCAAGCUGGUGCAGGCCUACAUGGGAGACAGACCUUCACGUCUGGACCGUCGUCACUGUGCCCUGCUCAUCGUCACCAAGUGCUGGGACAUGCCGGGGCUGCGGGACGAGCUGUAUGUGCAGCUGGUGAGGCAGACCACGGGCAAUUCCAGCCCCAGAAGCUUGGCGGCAGGCUGGGAGUUGAUGGCUGUCAGCUUGGCAUUCUUUGCUCCUUCACCCAAAUUCCGCUGCUACCUGGAGGGCUACAUCCAGAGACACACGGAGCCCACCAGCGACAAGAAAUGUGAGUCUCAGACUGAGCAACAGGUGACUCAGUUCAUAUUAGAACAACAAGAACUCAAGCUGAAGAAGAAUUCAAAGUCCAGAAAGAAGCGGAAACAGAAUACAGAUGAAGAAGAAGGUCUGCCUAUCAGCACAUAUGCAAAGUUCUGCCAUCGGAAACUGCAGAAGGUGGCGAUCACCGGAGGCAAAAAGGGUCUACGUAAGCCCACCUUGGAGGAGAUCGACCACAGUAGGCGGGCCAUCAUCACUCCCUCCCUGUUUGGCAGCUCUUUGGAGGAGGUGAUGGAGAGACAGAGCGAGCUCUUCCCUGACAGGAAACUUCCCUGGGUGCAGGUUCAGCUUUCCCAGUACGUUCUGGCUCUGGGCGGAGCUCAGACAGAGGGCAUCUUCAGAGUGCCAGGAGACAUAGAUGAGGUGAACGCACUGAAGCUCCAAGUAGACCAAUGGAGGAUCCCAGAGAAUCUCUCUGACCCCAAUGUGCCAGCCUCUCUGAUGAAGCUGUGGUAUCGGGAGCUGGAGGAACCUCUCAUCCCAAUGGAUUUCUACAAGCAGUGUGUCAGUAACUGUGACGAUCCAGUGGCAGCCAUCGCUGUGGUUCAGUCUCUGCCUGAGCUCAACAGGCUGGUGCUCUGCUACUUCAUCCACUUCCUGCAGGUAUUCGCUCAGCCAUCCAACGUGGCCAUAACCAAGAUGGAUGUGAACAACCUGGCCAUGGUGAUGGCCCCAAACUGCCUUCGAUGCCAAUCCGAUGAUCCGCGAAUCAUCUUUGAGAACACUCGCAAGGAGAUGUCCUUCCUGAGAAUGCUCAUUGUUCACCUGGACACCAGUUUCAUCGAAGGGGUGGUGUAGACACUGUAAACCACAGAGCCCACCUCGGGCUCCCUGUCAGCCCUCCAGCAUCUCCCGUUACACAUUUACAGUAAUGCAUAAACACUGUUUCUGUUCAGACCACACUGGAAACUCUUGGUGAGAUAUUGCACCUCUUGCAACACAAGGAAUGUGAAAACAGCUUGGACUUUGUUCUCACUUGCUUUCUUACUGAAGUUGUAUUCACACACGUACGUACCCAGACGAGCAUGUGUGAACGCAAAUGCCUGAAUCAGGUGAGCCAGAUAUGACCCUGACUUUACCCUGCCAGCUCCCUAGUACAAAGUCUGUGUAAUGUCCAGUUGAGGGUGAAGACGGGAAUGUUGAUGAUGUUGAUGCUGUUGCACGGAGCGUAGCUGCUUGCCUGUAUAUUGCUUUCCAUUCUUUCCUUGAUAACACAGAUGUCCAAAUGCAAUGUAGUACUGAUAUCAAUACAAAAUCGGUCAACAUUAGGGAUGAGUCUUCCUCCUGUACACUCUACCCAGGUGUUACCUUUGGCUUAAACCAAACCGAGUACUUCCAUUAAGUGAGAACAUGUCUGACAUGGACAGUCACUUGUUGUGUGCUACAUGUGCUAAAGAGGAACCUGAUGUCGUCUGGAUUUCAUGUGUGAAAAUGACAAUACACACCACUUUAAGUUUCACUGUGUUUUUUUUUUUAUUUUAUUUUGAUACUAAAAUCAACCGUGACCGCUUUAAAGUGGCACACUUCAAUAACUGUAUUUUCUAACCGACACAUGUGAAAAACAGAUUUACUCUUUCAUUUCUAACUGACAGAAUAGUGCUACACUUUGAUUGGACAACUGAACUGUGUAAAGUGAGAGUCUUACAGUAUUUACUUCAGAGGGAUUCACUUGCACGUCAAAAGUUGUUUUUUUUUCUCUCUUUACUCUGGUUUCGUUCAAGUGUGUGCGAGUGUGAUUGUUAGAGUGUGAACAAAAAGACACAGCCUUCUUUUAUGAUGUACAGAAAAAGUGAAAAUAUGAAAAGUUUAGAAAAAAUACUGUAAUGGUGUCUUAUUAAUAAGCUUGCCUGUGCUGUUUUGAGUAGCUGUACUGAUAACCGGUCUGCUCGUAUUUUAUUUCACACGACGCAAGAAGCGGCGCCACCACAAAAAUUUAGAGUACAGAACCGUAAUUUCGAAGCACAUAUUGAAAGCAGUUCUUUUUUUAAUGUAUGGUGGCAAUUUUCUAAGAAAAUAAACUUGGAAGUGCUUCAUUUUCACGACUCUGAACACUCAAGUGAAGCCAUACAAGAGUGUCGUAAUUGCAGUUUAUGUCAUAGUGAUGUGUGAGGUUGGGUAUUCAGCUGAAAAUUCGCUUCCUCUGUUAUCUACAAAUCUUACAAUUGUGCUGGUUGUUUGUGGUCUGUAUGUUGUUUUUUUUUUUUUUGGCUCAGGUUUUAUGAUAAAACGGGUGUUAGUUGUGAUAACUGUACAUGGCCUCCCUCACAGACUGAAAAUUUGUUCAAACUACCACAAUUCCCUGUACUGAGAAUGGACUAUUGUUCAACUGUCAAGCACUAUGAGAAUGUCGAUUAAGCUUUUUGUGCCCCCUCCGAGGCUUUGCUGAUGUACAUAAAUUCUGCUUGUAAAUAAUAAUAACUCUCCUUAAGUGUAUCCUAAUGAUCCAGGUUAAGGGUGAAGUCAAAUGUUGCUGUAAAGAGCAAUAAAAAGUGUUUUUGUAAUUAACUGUUAAUUACUCUGCUGUAACCGCUUGCCUUUUGAACAUAGGACUGAUUCAAACCACUUUCCAUGUGUGUAUAUGUGUGUUUGCAUACUUAUAAAAUGGAAUGGCUGUCCAUAAAUAAAAGUUUGUUCAAUUGUU